AUGAAUGACGAAUAUGACCAGGAAGACGAGGUGGAGAGGAAUCGUCUCUUUGAAGAGCUGAAACUGUGGAUGGAGCAACAAGAAAUACUUGUUUCGGGCAUGCUAUACACCCUUGCCCAGACAAAGUUCCUCUCGGCUGUAGACUGCCUGCAUAGGAAGGCUAGACCUGACUAUAGUAUUGACAAGAGAACUCAGGAAAGCGUGGCUGGUAUAGACGUUGGCGUACCGGUUGAUGAGAAGGAACAAGAAGUACAUACAGGAAACGAGUUGAUGAUCGAGUUUGACUUUGGAGUUCGGAGUGAAUACGCAUUUGGAAUUUAUCCGAGUGGGUACUAUGGGUCGCAGUAUCCGGACUCCGAUGCUGGUGUGGGUCAUGCUAGGAUUCCGCACAAUUUUGCCGUUACAUCCAUCCAACGGUUGCCAGGCGCGGUACCCCGCAAAUCUGCCGAUCAACACUGA